AUGAACUACGAGGCAGAUCGUCAGACACGCGAAGUAUAUCGAUAUUUCCAACCAGAAAAUCCAGCGGCGCUUAAUGCUUCACUUCUUCAAUUUGAUGACCAUGUGGCCUCAAUAGCAGAUUUUCCAAGAGUAACAACCCCCUUUGCACCCGAUGCCUCGGAGUCAGAGGCAAGUUUUGCUGAAGGCAGCUCUCCAUCAAGUCCAAAUACAACUUUGACUUCUUUUGCACAGCUGGCUGCUCUACGCUUGAACGCACAGCGUGCUUUUAUUACUAUAUUAAACAUCGACUCUCAGUUUAUAUUGGCUGAAGCCACAAGAAACACCAACCUUAGAAGCUCAAAUUCAUCUGUCGGAGAAGGAGACACACUCUUCGCGGGAACAUCAACAUUGUCAGAUGCUUGGAAUAUAUGCCAGGAAACAGUUGCAAUUGGUUCAGACAACGAAGAUGGAUUGUAUUCAUUUUUGGUCGUCAACGAUCUUCACAAGGAAGAACGAUUCAAAGGAUUGCCUUUUGUGACAAAAGAGCCACACUCUCGUUUUUAUGCCGGCACGCCUCUGACCAGCGAUAGUGGUAUCAAUUUGGGAUGCUUGUUUGUAUUGGAUUCUGAGCCCCGUCAAGGGCUAUCCGAUAUUGAGAAGGAUACAUUAGGCAAAGUUGCAGAGUUGGUGAUGGACUAUUUAUUGGUUAGCCGUCAAGCCGCAGAAGGACGACGGGCCUCGCGGUUAUCGCGUGGUCUCCAUCUUUUCGUCGACGGCAACUCCAGUUUUGCCAGAAACACUCACAUGUCAUCUCGGUCGAACAGCUCAGCACAGAGUUUGUCCCCGCGGGCAUCACCUCACCUCAGAGCCAGCCGAUCUACAAGCUCCCAGAAUGAUGAACUAAAAUUUCGAUCAGCACGCUCUGGAUCAGUAAAUGCGUCUCAAAGUGGCGGUCCACAAAACUUGGGUCCAGAUUAUAACCAGAAUGACACAUGUGUCCCCCCUAGUCCAACAGCAUCGUUGCACAGCUCGCGAGUGGACGAGAGUGGUUCGGAGGACUCCUCCAGCAGCAACCAUUGGCUUUUUCAACGUGCUGCGAACCUCUUGCGACAAAGUCUGGACUUGGACGGUGCUGGCGGUGUCAUGUUUUUGGAGACCGGUGAUAACUCCUCCGAGUAUGUCGCAGCUGAUCAUUGUGACUCCGCUGAAUCCAUAAAUCCUGCUCCUAUUCUUGCUCUAUCCACCAGAGAUGAUCCGUUUUCAUACCAGGCAAGCUCUACACUGUCAGAUCCAGCUGUCAACCUCGACAAUGGGUUCCUGAGAGAGUUGACGCGGCGCUAUCCUAAAGGAAAACUCUGGUCAUUCCACCACGAUGGGACAUUUUCAACUUCGGAAGAUCAGUUAACCGACGAGUCUCAGAAACAAAGGAAGAAGUCCAAGGCUUCGGAGACCAGCAAAUUGAAUGAGUUCUUCCCUCAUGCAUCUCAAAUUAUGUUUGUCCCGCUCUGGAAUGCCACAGAUACCCAGUGGUUCGCUGGAUGCUUUUGUUGGACUUCCCAGCCAACACAAGUUUUCAGUCCUGUUGUUGAUCUGAGCUCAGUAUUUGCCUUCGGAUCCUCUAUUAUGACCGAAUACAGCCGUGUUGAAUCAGUUAUCGCAGACCGCCAAAAGGGUGAUUUUAUAAGCAGCAUUUCUCAUGAAUUACGCAGCCCGUUGCAUGGUGUUUUGGCUGCUGCUGAGUUUUUUGGGGGUACCACCUUGGACCAGUUCCAGGAGACCCUCCUCGAUACGAUAAAUGCAUGUGGUCGAACUCUCUUGGAUACAAUGAACCAAGUUUUAGACUUCAGCAAAAUCAUGUCAUUGGAAAGACACAAGAAAACCUUCAGGCGUGGGAAAGAUCCGUGGAAACCAAAACCCUCCGAGGAAAAUGUGGCGCGCCUAGAUACAUUGGUCUUGACAGAUGUGGCUCUCUUGACAGAGGAUGUUAUAGACAGUGUGUGCUUGGGUCAUUCCCAUAUACAGAGAUCAGCCACGUCCACCAAUCGCCCCACAGAUAUCUUGUCAACCCUCCCUUCCAAGCCAGCAAAAGAUGGCAGCCAAGUUGGUCAUAUUUCAGGAGUGGACGUCGUUGUUGACAUUGCUGAUAAUGACUGGAUGUACAAAGUCCAACCGGGGUCGUUGAGACGCCUAAUUAUGAAUAUUCUUGGCAAUGCACUGAAAUAUACCAAGAAGGGUCGAAUCUCUGUCUGCAUUGAGGCCACUGAGCGCUCAAAAGGUCGCUCUCGACGCCAAGGCCUCGAAGAUAUGGUGACUUUGACCAUCUCAGACACGGGUAAGGGCAUCUCGAAAGAAUAUCUUCAGAAGCACCUGUUCACCCCGUUCUCACAAGAAGAUCCGCUGUCGGUAGGGACUGGUCUUGGUCUAUCAAUUGUUCGAGGGAUUGUGAAAACUCUCAACGGGAAAAUCAAUGUUCGAAGUCGACAGGGUGAAGGCACUAUUGUCAAGGUGUCGUUUCCUCUCGAACGUCUAGUUGGGGAUGAAAAUCCCCAAUCAACGUCUCAUAAGGAGAACUCGGACCAAAAUAUACCCACGGCAUCUUCUCAACUCCGACGUAUCGGCUGUAGUGGGAAACGUGCUGCUAUAUGGAGAGAACCGUCUCGUCUUGGUGACCAUCAGUUCUGGGCGGCCAUAGCCCGGUAUAUCACUGACUGGUAUGGUCUACAGCUUGUCCCUCUGUCUACCAAUGAGCCUAUUGACAUUCUGUUUGCGGAUGAAAGGGAUUUGUCUGCAAAAGAAAUACACGAUUUCCCGAAAGGAUUACCAAAUAUGCUCGUCUUUUGCAGCGAGACAGGCGACUCUAGCGAUUAUAGGGCACAGUGGUCGCAUCUUGCUGGCUCACUGGCAAUUCUCCAUCGACCUUGUGGUCCACGCAAACUUUCCCGUGGUAUUUUGAGCUGCCUUGAUACAAAGCCGACAAUCACUACGCAGGAUCACGGGCAAGGCUUAGAACUUCCAGAGCGACCCGCUCUUACAAGCUUGGCUCUACUAGUUGAAGAGUCCAACCCCUUAUUACCAGGAAAUCCACGAUCACCAGAUGCUGACCCAUCAAUUCCCAUGUCUGCGUCCAGCAAUCGCACCAUUGGUCGUACAGAACAUAGCGCUUUUGUGUUGACAUCGUAUACUGACAGCUCUGGUCGCACAAUAUCAGGGAUUACUGAUUCCACCAAUCCUGUGUCUUCUUCAUCUUUUCGAUCUUCAUAUGGCGGCUCAGAUCAUGUCAGUACCUCAUCUGGGAGCCAAAGAAGACCUCGUGUCUUGGUGGUCGAUGACAACAACAUCAACCUCCACUUGAUGAUGACUUUCAUGAACAAACGAAAAGUCGUGGUCCUAGAUAAAGCCGAGAAUGGAAGAGCAGCUGUCGAUGCGGUUGAAAGGAUGUUGCAGGGAUAUGACCUUAUUUUCAUGGACAUGUCCAUGCCAGUUAUGGACGGAUUCGAGGCGACGCGUGCCAUUCGUGCAAUCGAGAAAGGACGGGAUGGGUGUAUUCCGGCAACAAUCAUCGCUUUGACAGGACUAAGCAGUUCACGCGAUGAGUUCAGGGCCUUGGACUCAGGAGUGGAUCUUUUCCUUAUGAAGCCUGUUUCUUUCAAGGAAGUAUCAAGGCUUAUUGAUGAAUGGGAGGCCAAACAGCUGAAAUAG